UGCCAAUCCCAGACAGAGGGCUGGAAGCCUUGAACCCCCGGAGUACGUCAGCUGUGGGGCCAGACGGGGCUCCCGGAACCCAAAACACAAGGGUCACGAAUCCUGCCGGAGUGGAGACAUGGCACGCGUCAGCGGCGGAGUCAUUCGCACUCGGCGCCCGCGGACGCCGCGCCAAGACUCCUCGGCCAACGCACGGGCCGUGUGAAAGUUGCUGGAGAGAGCCUCUCUUGCGCUCUUGAUGUGCUGGGCCAUAUAGAUAUAAAAUCAAGGAGUAGCCAAUCCUGCAUAAUGUCCUUAGCCCGAAACAGUACAGUUGGCUAUUCCUCGCCUACUCUUUCGUGUGACCGUGCCCCGCAUAAUGUUGCAGGGAACGAACCACUCAAACCAGCUCACCGAUGGCUCUGAUGCAGAGAAAGACUCUUGUACGCUGCCGGCCCAUGAUGGAAAAGAUGCGGGAAAGCAGAACAGUUCUGCUUUCAGGAGCUAUUUGCGGGUCUUCACAUACAGCGACCGAAUCGGCUGGCUCCUGAACUCGGCUGCCUUCAUUUGCAUGAUUGCUGCCGGGGCUCUACUGCCUCUUAUGGACCUCAUAUUUGGAAACUUUGUCACAGUGUUUAACAACUUCACGAUCGGAGCCAGCAGCCCGGAGGACUAUCGCUCCGACGUCAACAAGUAUACUCUAUGGUUUGUGUAUCUGUUCCUGGCCAAGUUUGCCCUCACAUAUGCUUGGACUCUUUUGAUUUCGACCAAUGCCAUCCGGACGACCAAAAACCUGAGGGUCGCCUUUCUUCGGCAAGCCCUGCGCCAGGAAGUUGCCUUUUUCGAAUCCUCUGAAGCUGGGUCGGUCUCCAGUUCCGUGACAACAAACGGCAAUCUCGUCAACCAGGGCAUAUCCGAGAAGCUUGGCCUGACGAUCCAAGCAAUCUCGACCUUCUUCGCCGCCUUCGCCGUGGCCUUUGCAGUGCAGUGGAAAUUGACCCUCAUAACCAUCUGUAUCGUUCCUGCAAUCCUGGUCGUUACGGUGGUCUGUUCGACGAUCGACACGAUCCAGGAGACCAGCAUGCUGGCCAUUUACUCCAGGGCUGGACAGUUGGCCGAGGAGGUGUUCUCGAGCAUCCGGACAGUCCAUGCUUUCUGGGCGUACCCGAAGCUCUCGAGCAAGUACGGGGCGAUCCUAGCCGAGGCGCGGGUUAUUGGCAACAAGAAAUCCCCCAACUACGCCGUCUUGUUCUCCGUCGAGUUCUUCUGCGUCUACAGCGGCUACGGAUUAGCCUUUUGGCAAGGCCUCAGGAUGUACAACAGUGGAGAGAUAUCGGAACCGGGGAAGGUAGUCACUGUCAUCUUCGCGGUUAUUGUUGCAGCCCAGGCCCUGAGUCAGGUGGCCCCUCACACCGUGACCAUCUCCAAAGCCGCCGCCGCCGCACAUGAACUAUUCAGAAUGAUCGAUCGCAGGUCCAACAUCGACUCCCUGUCCACCGACGGGCUUCGACCCAACGAGUGUCGUGGAGACAUCGAAUUCCGUGACGUCUCCUUUGCGUACCCUUCGCGUCCCGACGUGCCGGUGCUGAAGGGGCUCAGUCUCCGGGUGCCGGCUGACAAGACGACUGCCAUAGUGGGCGCCAGCGGAUCCGGUAAAAGCACCAUCGUGGGGCUGCUUGAGCGAUGGUUCUCGCCGCUGCAGGGCAGUGUCACGCUCGAUGGCAAGAAGGUCGACGAGUAUAACAUCCAGUGGCUACGUACCAGGAUCCGCCUCGUGCAGCAGGAACCCGUCCUCUUCAACGGCACUGUCUUCCAGAACGUAGCACACGGCCUGGCGGGAACUCCCAUGGCAAAACUUCCCGACGAGGAGAAGCGGAAGCUUGUAGAGGAGGCCUGCAGAGCAGCUUAUGCCCAGGAAUUUGUUGAGAAACUCCCAAAGCGCUACGACACCGAGGUCGGACAGCGGGGAGCAACGCUCUCGGGCGGGCAGAAGCAGCGCCUCGCGAUCGCGCGGAGCGUCAUAUCCAACCCGCGGGUCCUCCUGCUGGACGAGGCGACCAGCGCGCUGGACCCCAACGCCGAGCGCGUCGUGCAGAGGGCGCUCAACAACGUCGCCGUCGGCCGGACCAUGGUGGUGAUAGCGCACCGCCUGUCGACGAUCCGGGACGCCGACAACAUCGUCGUCCUCUCGCGCGGCGACGUGGUCGAGCAGGGCGCCCACGACGACCUCAUCGCCCAAGGCGGCGUCUACUCCCGCCUCGUGCGCGCGCAGGACCUCGGGCAGGAGAACGACAUGUCGGCGGCCCUGGACCAGGCGGAGGAGAAGGAGAAGCUUGCGCUGUCCAAGACCUUGUCUGUCCGUGAAACUCUGGGGGAAGCCGGCGCUGCCCCCGAAGCGCCCGAGAACGCCAUAAGCUACAGCUUGCUGAAAUGUCUGGCGAUUAUAAUAGGCGAGCAGAGGAGUCUCUGGGGUGUCUCAGGUCUUCUCGCCGUCGGUUGCAUCGUUGGCGGAGCUACGUAUCCGGUUUUGGCUAUCCUCUUCUCCAGGGUCAUGGACGCCUUCUCUCUCUCGGGGACCGAGAUGAUCAAGCAAGGAGACUUCUAUUCCCUGAUGUUAUUCGUUCUCGCCCUUGCAAACCUCGUGGCAUACGCGGCGCUGGGCUGGGUGUGCAACGUGAUUGCCCAGGAGAUCAUGCAGUCGUACCGCCACGAGCUCUUCAACAGCAUCAUGCGCCAGGACAUGUCGUUCUUCGACCGGCCCGGCAACACCACGGGGGCGUUGGUAUCCCGGCUGUCCACGGAGCCGACCCACCUGCAGGAGCUUCUGUCCAUGAACGUAGGCCUGAUCCUCAUCAUCGUCGUCAACGUCAUGUCCAGCUGCAUCCUGGCCAUCGUCACCGGCUGGAAGCUGGGGCUAGUCCUCGUCUUCGGCGCGCUGCCCCUGCUCAUGUUCUCCGGCUACCUGCGGAUCCGGCUCGAGUUCAAGCUCGACGACGACACGGCCUCACGCUUCGCCGACAGCGCGGGCAUCGCGUCCGAGGCGGUCACAGCCGUGCGGACGGUGUCGUCGCUCGCGCUGGAGCGGGACAUCAUCGGGCGGUUCGAGGAGAGCCUGCGGCGCAUCGCGGGGACGUCGGCCGCCGCGCUCGGCUGGACCAUGCUCUGGUACUCGCUGAGCCAGUCCGUAUCGUUCCUGUGCAUGGGCCUCGGGUUCUGGUACGGCGGGCGCCUCAUCUCGUUCGGCGAGUACACGGCCGCGCAGUUCUACACCGUCUUCAUCGCCGUCGUCUUCUCGGGCGAGGCCGCCGCCAUCCUGUUCCAAUACUCGACCAGCAUCACCAAGGCCCGCGGCGCGGCCAACCACAUCUUCCGGCUGCGCGCCGCGGUGCCCCGAGAGAUGAGGGACGACGUACCUCCCACCGCCGCCGGGGAGGACGGCGAGGGCGGCAGCCGGCGGCGGCGGCCGGCGCCCGAGGUGGAGUUCCGGGACGUCGAGUUCCACUACCCGCAGCGGCCCGGGGUGCCGGUCCUGAGGGGGGUGAGCACGCGGAUCCGGCCGGGCCAGUUCGUCGCGCUCGUCGGGGCCUCGGGCUGCGGCAAGACCACCGCGGUCAGCCUGCUGGAGCGUUUCUACGAGCCGACGUGCGGCGUCGUCGCCGUGGACGGUGCCGACGCCGCGUCGGUGCACCUCGGCCUGCACAGGCGCGGCGUCGCGCUCGUGCAGCAGGAGCCCGUGCUGUACCAGGGCUCCAUCCGGGAGAACAUCGCUCUUGGCGUCGACGAGGGCGCCGCCGCCGCCGACGACGACGACGACGACGACGACGAGAUCAUGGAGGCGUGCCGGCAGGCCAACAUCGCCGACUUCGUGCUGUCGCUGCCCGAGGGCCUGUCGACGCCGUGCGGGCCGGCGGGCGUGCAGCUGUCGGGCGGGCAGAGGCAGCGGAUCGCGAUCGCGCGGGCGCUGGCGCGGCGGCCGCGCCUGCUGCUGCUGGACGAGGCGACGUCGAGCCUCGACACCGAAUCCGAGAGGGCCGUGCAGGCGGCGCUGGACGCGGCGGCCAGGGCGGAGGGGGGCCCGGGGGGGAGGGCGCGAACCACCGUCGCGGUGGCGCAUCGGCUUUCGACGGUCAGGAACGCGGAUGCCAUCUUUGUGUUCUCGCGGGGCCGGAUCGUGGAGGCGGGCACCCACGAGGAGCUGCUGGAGGAGAGGGGGAUGUACUACGAGAUGUGUCUGGGGCAGUCGCUGGAUAGGGCGGCGUAGGAUUGCUACAAAUCACGGCGUGUUGGGCUGGGGAGAGCGAGGAAGUGUAUAAACUUGUAUACUACACAUAUAUCUACUACCUUUCCCCUCAUCGUAUAACUAGAUAGACAUAGAAAGAGAUGAUGGGCGACCGCCAAAAAAAGCAGAUAUCAAAACAAUUAUGGAGGGCUUCAUGCUCGGGAAACCCGGAGAGCUCAAAUUAGGUAUCUCCACAGACAUGAUGCGCCAAUGGGCGCUAGCAAAGCACCCCUGAAUCCUCCCGAGAAUCUUACGAGAAAGACCUCACAGGCAACCUGCCAAGUUAAGAGAGACAUUCCCUCCCAACAACCAACCGCCAACGCCACGCCAUGGCCAAAUCAACAGCAGCAGCGGCAGUCAUGCCGCCAUCCACGCGGCCCCUCAACUUCCUGGUGGGCGCCAUCUUCAUCGUCCUGACCGC